AUGAAAUCACUCACUUUAAUCACUUCAUUAUCAUUACUUUCUUUGAUUACUGCUCAAUCAUCUAACUCCACCGGUGGUGUUGCUGGUGGUUCAUCAAACUCUACUGGAGGUGGUGCUGCUGGUGGUUCUGGCUCAUCAAACUCAACUGGUGGUGGUGCUGCCGGUGGUGGUUCAGGCUCUAACUCUACUGGUGGCGGUGGUGCUGGUGGCUCUAGUGGCUCUGGUUCCUCAUCAGUCAGUACUGCCAUGGCCAAUGGUGGUCGUGGUGUUGCUUCAGGUGUUGCUGUUGCUGGUUUAGUUGGUGGUGUUGCUGCUUUAUUAUUGUAA